AUGGUACUACCCAACGAUCUGGAGGCAUGGAAAAAGCUCCAAAAGCACUAUGAUUCCGUCGGUCGCGACUUGGUCAUGAAAGAAAUGUUUAUGGAGGACAAGAACCGCUUCAAGAAAUUCUCGCGUCAUUAUAACAAUAACGAGCUUUUGCUGGAUUUCUCUAAAAACAUAAUCAAUGAAGCGACGCUGAACCUGUUGCUGGCGCUUGCCAAGGAAGCCAAGGUCGAAGAGAUGCGUGACAAGAUGUUUUCAGGCGAGCAUAUCAACAUUACUGAGGAUCGCGCUGUUUUACAUGUUGCAUUGCGUAAUCUCAGUGAUAAACCCAUCUAUGACAAGGGCGAGGAUGUCAUGCCCGAGGUCCGUGAGGUGCUUGCACAUAUGAAGGAUUUCACAGAAUCGGUCCGAUCUGGCAAGUGGAAGGGAUAUACUCGCAAAUCCAUCACCGACAUUGUCAAUAUCGGCAUCGGCGGCUCGGAUCUGGGUCCAUUGAUGGUGUGCGAAGCACUCAAGCACUAUGGAAAGGACAAUUUGCGUGCCCAUUUUGUGUCCAAUAUCGACGGCACUCAUCUCGCGGAGACACUAAAGGUGGUGCAUCCGGAAACGACUCUCUUCAUUGUUGCUAGUAAGACUUUUACCACUGCUGAGACGAUCACGAAUGCAAAUUCUGCCAAAAAAUGGUUCUUGGAACAUGCAAAGGAUAAUAAACAUGUGGCCAAGCAUUUUGUUGCCGUGUCGACCAACCACAAAGAAGUAUCUGCGUUUGGCAUCGACACUAAAAACAUGUUCCAGUUUUGGGAUUGGGUCGGUGGCCGUUUUUCGGUGUGGUCAGCCAUUGGUUUGUCGGUUGCUCUAUUUAUUGGAUACGACAAUUUCGAAUUGUUCUUGCGCGGGGCCCAUGAGAUGGAUGAACACUUUCGCACUACGCCUCUCAAAGACAACCUUCCCGUUCUACUUGGGUUGCUCAGUGUCUGGUACAAUAAUUUUUUUGGUGCGCAAACAGAAGCAUAUUUGCCUUAUGACCAGUACAUGCAUCGCUUCACCGCGUACUUUCAGCAAUGCUCCAUGGAAUCAAACGGCAAAUACGUCUCCCGCAGCGGUGACCGUGUGAUCGCCUCAACUGCACCCAUCCUUUGGGGCGAACCAGGUACCAACGGCCAACACGCAUUCUAUCAAGCCAUUCACCAGGGUAUGAAACUCGUUCCGUGCGAUUUUCUUGCACCUAUCGAAACUCUGAAUCCUAUCGAGCAUGGAAAGCAUCACGAGAUGCUCUUAUCCAACUUCUUCGCUCAGACCGAGGCGUUAAUGGUUGGCAAGACCGAAGAGCAAGUGCGCAAAGAAAUGGGACCCAAGGCGGACGACAAAAUUGUGCCUCAGCGUGUGUUCCCCGGCAACAAACCUACCAACUCGAUCAUGUUUCAAAAACUUACGCCCAAGACACUGGGCACAUUGAUAGCCAUGUACGAGCACAAGAAUUUCACCCAAGGUGUCAUUUGGAACAUCAACUCGUUCGACCAGUGGGGUGUCGAGCUUGGAAAGCAGCUGGCCAAGGUGAUUGAGCCCGAGCUUGCUAAAAAGGGGACCGUAUCGACGCAUGAUGUGUCGACGAACGGACUUAUCAAUCAUUACAAGUCGCAUAAGCGUUCGUACGAAGACAUUAGCUAA